AAUACAUACAUACAAAUGUACAUAGUCAGUCAUUGCACUAAAUCCUGUUAUGCCACGGAAGUAUGUAUAUUGGCCUAAUAUUUUCCAUUUAUCUUAAAAAAGACUCUUCUACAAUUUAGUGCAAGUAAUAACGAAAAAUAUCAGCAUAAAGCAUCGGCAAACUUUUUAUCCUUGAUCAUGGCAUGAACAUGUCAUGGCGUGAACCCAAAUUGGCAGAGAUACGCCAACGAAAUACCGUCAACUACAAGUCGGUACUAGUUGUAUUUUUCUCCUGCAUAUUACACAAUAACUCUUUAUAUCCGAUAUCCAAGACAUAAGAAAACUUCCGAGAAGCAUGGUCUGAGAAUUUCAAACGGAAAGUAAGUAGCAAUCCCAUUUCGUUUCUGUGUAUAUGCUUAUUUACACUUAAUCUUGGGGAACAUCCCAGUUUAUCUCCUACAAAGUUGUCCCACCAUCCAACUCCCGACUUUGUCCCCACACUAUGUCCUCUGUGUUAGAUUAGAGCGAAUAUUCCAUGACAUUUAUUCUUGGCCGCAUUAUUACUAGAGUGAAUCGCUGUUUCUUAACUGCGAGGCCAGGUGCAGCAGUUGUGAGAAAUAUAGUGUCUCACUGCUCAUCAUCAUUCUCACUUAUCAAAUUGUACAACAAACAAAUAGGUUUCCUCUCUCGCCUUUGCAAUGGAGUUUUUUAGAGGGCAAUUUGUGAACAGUGGAAUAAAAUAAUCAGUCCGCACUUCACUAGCAACACGCAAUUAGUAAAGGACGUGAUGACGAAACGGUGCUGUUUUUAAUCUAUCUUUGAAAAUAAAAAGUCCCGUUGAAUAUUGAAGGAAGGAGGGCAAUCCCCUCUAGGCGACGAUUCAAUAAAAUCAUCAAGUUCAUACUAUGAUGUGACCGACUAGGGAGGUUUUUAGCAUACCAAGAGCUAAGAAGGCAGUGGGAUUAAUAUGUAAGGGGAAGAAGAAAAUCAUAAUAGGCUUCCAAAAGUGGUGAGGUAACAUUUUCCCAAUCUAAAAGGCAAAAGCUUAAAAUGAAAAUAAGCCAGCAAGUGAUAACGGUGUGACACCAUCAUUCUUCCGCACAUACAUCCCACAACAAAUCUCAAACGCCUUUCCGAAUUUGCAUACAAUGAACUGUGAGUAAUAUUCAAGAGUAGUGUGAUCCCUGUACCUACGUAUUCUGCAGUUCUGUUGUACUUAAUCGGUAUUAUUAGAUUGAAACUUGAAAGUGUGCGUGCAAUUUAAGGAAAAUAUAAGUUCCAAAAAGAGGCGUACGUCAGAAACCAUUGUUCACCAAAAAUAAAUAUGUAACAUUCUUUUGUCAAGUGUAAGAGUUAAGUAGUGUUAACAUGUAUGUACUAAAUACGCUAUUGUUUCAGUUCCACUUUUGUUCUUUGUGAAGUUUUACUUAUUCUCAGCCAGGAUAUAUAUUUUGCAUAGGAUGUGAAUACAAGUAAAGGCGCUUUCACUAUGAAGGACUUUACGCAUUCGGAUCUGAAUACAAGUGUCGAAGUAGCCAAUAGUGCUGUAUCUGAGGAGCAGCACAUUCCGGUCAUUGGGGAACUUGAGGAUCGUAGUAAUGGGAAUAAGUGUGAAAUUGAGAACGGUGCCAGUAAUGUGAGUCCAUCACUUACUGAUGCUACGAUCAGUGCUGAUAACAGCAUUUGCACCUACAAAUCAGAGUCAGAUGAAGAUGCCGAGACAACCGAACCAACUAUGUCGGCACAUCAAGGCAAAAUUAAUUGCAAAAUUGUGACAGCUUUCACCAGGGCAUUUGCUAAACAAAAUAUUCAUUUUGAAAAUGCUAUUCAGUCCUUGAGUGCAUUGAACGAACAAAUACUUAUCUGUGCAUUUCCGAAUGAAAACACUGAAAAAAUUCAAAUCGAAGACAAAAAUGGUGACGGGAUAUAUCGCGACGCUGUCAAGGUCUCCUUAGGCCUGAUGAGAGGACUUUUAUUAGAUGCGCAGGGGAAAUUUCGUAAAAUGGUUGAAGAGAACAAAUCAAUUGCUUACAAACUGGAUGGUGACUUACAAAUUGCUCAUAGCGAAAUGGCACUUCUUCGAGCCGAAUUGCAUGACACGAAUAAAAGAAUAUCACAACUCAACUCCCCACCGUCUACGCCCUCCACUCCCAAUCAUGACACCUCCACCUCGGGAAAUAUGACUUUUUCAAAUACUAACCAUUCAGAUGAGAAAGAUUCCAUACAAGUUAACGGGCUUUCCACCAGCAAUGGAGACCACAAUAAUCACGAUGAUUCUGAACAAUUAUUAGACCUAGAAAAUCUAUCUCUCUCUGAAUGCAAAGAGGAAUGCAAACGAUUGGUUGCAAAGAACCAAAGUUUACAGAAGGAAAUGUGGGAGCUCAAUAAGGCGAAAGACAUUCCCGAGCUGACUGAACUUCGUCAUGCCAAAGAAGCAUUACUAGCAUUAAAAGGAGAUAGGAAACGGUUAAAAGCAGAAAAAUUUGAGUUAUUAAAUCAGAUGAAGCAACUCUACUCGACGCUGGAAGACAAAGAGAAAGAACUUCGAGAUUUUAUCAGAAAUUAUGAGCAGAAUCUUCAGCGUUUAACAGUCGAACGAGACGAGGCGGAGCGAGAACGUUGGAGCAUUUUGCGACAUGCUAGGGACGAGGCUGAAAGGGGUCUGGCACUCGCAGCCCAGCUAAACGUUCGAGAAUCUCAAGUACAACAAAUGCAGCAGGAGGUGCACGAGGCAAGAAGACAAUUAGCACAGUAUGGAAUCUACUCGGAGGCAGAUCGAACAGAUCGUAGCAGUACAACGGCAAAUUCCCAUUAUUCGCUCGUCUCAUCUCUAACUGCCACCUACGCCACGGUUGGUGGGGAUCGUGGAAGUUCUGCGGAUUCGGGAGUGCGACUCAGUUCAGAUCGAGACUCUGGGGCUGGAGGAGUAGCUACCGGAAACCUAUCUGACUCAGCAAAUGAGGCAAUCAGCUUGGACCUUGGGGAUGGUUCAGGGGAUGGGGACUCCAUGUCUGUAAUAUCAACAGCCACUCUUCCACAACUAUUUACAACUCCGAGGGACAGCCCUGGACUCACUUUCGCCUCACUCACGAGGUCACUAGAUACAAAUCCUUUGUCCAGAUCGGCGGAACAGCUUUUAGCGGCAGAGGCGGCUGAAGCUAGAAGAAAAAACAGCAGGCGGAGCGGAAAUGAUUUUGCAGGACGAGCUUCCACAGGGGCAAAAGGUGCAUGGGGCAGCAUUUCACGAGUUUUCGCCCGAAAUAAACAUAGGAGAACGUUAGACUCUUCAUUAUUUGAAGGUCUAGCGGCAAAUCAAAGGACGAGUUGGUCCCCCCAAGGAUCUGUUUCUCAAUCCCCUUUGACUGAACAGGAAAGUUAUGCUGACAAACUUGCUGCUUUGGAGGAAGCAGCUACACUUCCUAUGGAAUUAUGGAGAGCGUGCAUGGUUCAAGCAUGGAUAGAAGUAAGCCUUGGAAUGCCUCAAUAUGGUUCCAGAUGCGCUGACAAUGUCAAAAGUGGAAAAGUGCUUUUGGAACUAGCUGAUGUUGAAUUGGAAACUGAGCUAGGAAUUUUGCAUCCACUGCAUCGCAAGAAAUUACGGUUAGCUAUUGAAGAACACCGGAACCCAGCCCUGGUUCGGUUUCCGUGUAUUGCUGAACUCUCGCAUGUGUGGGUGAGCUCAGAGUGGUUGCCAGAUAUCGGGCUUCCUCAGUAUGCGGAAACAUUUGCUGGCUGUCUAGUCGAUGCUAGGUUGCUAGAUCACAUGAGCAAAAAGGAUUUGGAGAAAUUUUUGGGUGUCACCAAAAAGUUUCAUAUGGCUUCCAUUGCACACGGUGUUCAUUUACUUCGAAUAGUCGGUUAUGAUCGUCAGGCACUAGCUGAACGGAGAAGGCACGCUGACAAUGAUCCAAUUGUUUGGACAAAUCAGCAUUUUGUCCAAUGGGCGAGAAGUAUAGACUUGGGAGAAUACUCUGAGAAUCUCAAAGGAAGUGGAGUGCAUGGAGCAAUAUGUGUGCUAGAACCAUCAUUCAACGGAGAAACUUUAGCGUCAGCUAUGGGAAUUCCUCCGAAUAAACAAAUAAUAAGAAGACACCUUUGCGCCGAGUUGGAAGCAAUGUUAUCACCCGCAAGAGCCAAGAUAACUCAGCAGUAUCGGAUGACAAAGUCCCGAGCUCAGCACAUGCUGGACAAGCAACGCUCCGACUCUUUGGGCCGUUCCGCCGCACUAACCUCGGAGGCAUUUCGUCGCAGCACUGAAGACAAUAGGAGGAGGACUAGCUUACGAAGUUACAGUCAUCUAUUUGCCCAAAAGUUUUCUACUUGGAGGAGCUCACAGGGUUCUUUGAGCCGAGCACUGGGCAUCAAAAUCAAGCAAGACUUACUUCAUCGUCGAGAGGACGAGAAGCGGAAAUCCGAGGACAGAGAUCAAAUUGGCAUCAGCAACAGCAAAACUUUGGGACCUGUUGGUGGCACUCAUUCCGUCGCUGCCCACUUUUUCUCUCCACCCGCUCCACCCCUUCCAGCCAAGUUCAUCCGCGAGUCGCACCCUGCACACACCCUCAACUUUGACCACUCCAAGUUCAUGUCCACCGUGGCGUCCUCCUCCUCUAAUCAUCACCCAAGGGAGAGACCCCACUCGGUCCUCACCAUGUCGACGACCACUCCCACCGGACGGGAUGAGCUGAGCGAGAGGGACAGCGAGAGUGAGAGCAGAGACAGCAGCAGCAACAGCAUGAGUCAGAGCAACAGCGAAAGUCACGCCUCCAACAAUGUCGCUACGAACGCCACAACAACGACGACGACCAUCCAGAUCACACAACCACCACCUGAAUCACUUAAUGAGGAGGAAACCAACGGCAAGCCUCGUAGAAUUAAAUCCACAACAGAUAAUAAUGUGGAAACUGUGUCAAUUCAUACUCCUGUCUAACCUAUCAUGCAAGUGGUUUAUAUAAUCCAGAAAGUCAUAUCAUGCAUGUAGUUAGUACACUCAUAUGCCGCAUUUACUAUGCUUUUCUACUCACGAGAGGAUAAUACUUAUACGAUUAUUAAUUUGACAAGUGAACGAAAAAGAAAGUGAAUUGUGAUCUAUUAUAUUUAUUAGACUAUUGUUGUUGACUAUUUUUUUGCUAGAAGAUUUCUGUAUUUCAUCGAUAUUUUUCAGAGAGAAUGUUUUAUUUUACUCUAACUUUAUUUUAUGUAUGUAAGAACUGACUGUUUAAUCGAUUAAUUGAUGCAAUCAGCAUUGUAGAAAUCAAGUCAAAUAGCAACAAAAGUAGAAUACGUGAAUAUAUAUAUUAUUUAAAUUAGUUAGGAUGACGUAUCUGUAGUAAAUUCUGUACAUAUGUAUUAAGCUUUAGGAGGAAAUUGAACAAAGCAACCUCUGCAAAGUGCAAAAUAGCUCAAUCUAAUUUAUUUGUAUGUAUAUAUUUAUUCAUAUAUACAUGUAUACAAUAAGUAGGUAUUUAUGAAUUAGGUGAAAUAUUAGUCACUCCUCAUGAAUACUGCUCCUUCCUCUGCCUAAUAAAUAAAAACUGCUCUUCUUCACUAUUAUGAUGACCACACGCAAAAUAUCGCUGUCGA